GUAAGUUUUAAUUAAUAAAAUUAUACAGGAUGAAUAAACCUGUCGCCAACGAUCGCGGACUCUUAUGUCGCCGGAAAUGGGCCGUUUUAUCGCUAGCCACAUUUCCGGUUUUUAGUUGCAAACUGCAUUAAAGCCCAAAUAACCCAACAAAUGAUAUUAUUUAAAAUAUUUUUCUGCACGGUAAAUUGGUUGAAUGUAUUGUUUUUCAGAUUAUAGGCUGUACAUCUAGUCCAAACGUGUUCUUGUGAUUCAACCUAAUGUUACGUUGUGCAUCAUUUGUUACGUAGAUGAGAUCAUAAACAUAGAAACAAACAACCCGUCGAAGAAAACAAUACAGACUCUCAUGGUUUCCAUUAGACUUCCCAUUAUGAUCCAUAAACUAUUUACCAUUAAACCAAUAUAAAACUCUUGUAGGUGUAGCUAUUUUGUGUCUUAAUGCAGUAUGGUGUUCUAUUGGUUCCCAUGACAUCCCACCAAAAGAACCUAACACGUUACCCGUAGCGGCCCACACGUCCCGCAGACCAUUAUAGUUUGAAGUAAAACCAAUACAGUUCCUAUUACAACCAUUAGAUCCAACCGAACGUGAUGCUUUCAGCAGGGAAAUCUAACAUCACGAGUUAAAAGGUCGUGCGUGGAUGAGAUGAGCAGCCUAUCCAGUGUGUGACUGUGUCAUUUAUAAAGCCACGAACGCUUGCAGAUGUGCACGAAACCUUCAUCGCAUCUCAUCGCGGUACUUCCGGAUGAAGCGCGUUUUUCACACGCGACAUGUUCAGCCGAGCGCACGAGCGUAAGUAAAUACCGUUUGCAUCGGUUUGCAUGUGUUUAACUUUACCACAGUCACACACACAGACGUACAGACACCGGACCGGGUGACAGGAUGGAGGAGAAACUGGACAUGGACGUUAACAAGUCUCGGAGCUUCAGGAAAUCCAUCCAUGCCAAACUCACAUCCAGCCCCAAAACGCGCAAGAAAGAGCGCAAACAGGACAGCGGCUUUUGGAUCUUCAAAAAGAAACGAACGAACGGUUUGGAGCGGGGAAUGUCUUCCUCACAGCCCAACCUGACGACCGCGGUGGCGGCUGACGGCGAGAGGUCGCGCUGCGGCACGCCGGAGCAGAGUGCGUGCAGAGCGGCCGCGGAGGCAGCAUCAUCAUCACCGCUCGGUGCAGAGAUCCAGAGCCCCGCUUCCAAACCCACCAUAUCGAGUUUCGUGCAUAAAACCGUCCCGCAGGAGCCUGAACUGACCGCGGAUGCUGUCGAGGAUGUUCAUGAGGAACAGACGGAAGAAAUCGCGGACAUGAACAACACACAACCGUCACUGCCCGCUUUAACAAUGUACCAACUGGACAUCGUGUUGAAAAGAGGCAAUAAUCUGGCCAUCCGAGACCGAGGCGGAACAAGUGACCCAUAUGUGAAAUUCAAAAUAGGCGGUAAAGAAGUUUUCCGCAGUAAAACAAUCCACAAGAACCUGAACCCGGUGUGGGAUGAGCGUGUUUGUCUGAUCGUAGACAAUUUACAAGAGCCUCUUUAUAUUAAGGUGUUUGAUUAUGAUUUUGGCCUGCAGGAUGAUUUCAUGGGCUCGGCAUACCUGUACCUUGAUUCUCUGGAGCUCCACAGGACUCUUGAUGUGCGCUUGGAUCUUCAGGAUCCUCACAGUCGUGAUCAGGAUCUGGGAUCUCUGGAGCUGGUGGUCUCUGUGUUCCCCAGAGGAGCGCUGGAUAAAGAAGUCCUCAAACUGACGUCUCUCUCUCUCUCUCUCUCUCUCUCUCUCUCUCUCUCUCUCUCUCUCUCUCUCUCUCUCUCUCUCUCUCUCUCUCUCUCUCUCUCUCCCUCUCUCUCUCUCUCUCUCUCUCUCCUGUACGAGCAGACGAUUCCAAAGACUCUGAACCCGCAGUGGCGGGAACAGUUUGAUCUUCAUCUGUUGGAUGAGGAGGGAGGUGUUCUGGACAUCUCUGUAUGGGACAGAGACGUGGGCAGAAGAGACGACUUCAUCGGCCAGUGUCAGCUGGAUCUGUCGAAGUUGAGUCGAGAGAAGACACACAAACUUGACAUUGAGUUAGAGGAGGAUAAAGGACGACUGCUGCUGCUGGUCACUCUCACGGCCACCGCCGCCGUCUCCGUCUCUGACCUGUCUGUCAACCUGCUGGACAACCCGAAAGAACGCCGCAAGAUUCUUCAUAGAUAUAGUCUUACGAGGUCGUUCUGUAACCUGAAGGAUGUUGGAAUCGUGCAGGUGAAGAUCUUACGGGCGGAGGCACUGAUGGCCGCUGAUGUCACAGGAAAGAGUGAUCCGUUCUGUGUGGCGGAGUUGAGUAAUGACCGUCUGCAGACGCACACAGUGUACAAAACACUGAACCCCGAGUGGAAUAAAGUCUUCAUCUUCAACGUGAAAGACAUUCACGCCGUGCUGGAAGUCACCGUGUUCGACGAGGAUCGAGACCGCAGCGCCGAUUUUCUGGGAAAAGUGGCCAUCCCUUUACUGAACAUCCGCAACGGCGAACAGAAGGCCUACGUCUUGAAAAACAAGGAGCUGACAGGGCCAACAAAAGGGCUCAUCUUUCUGGAGGCCGACGUCAUCUUCAACAGCGUGAAAGCCGGCCUGCGGACGUUGCUUCCGCCGGAGGAGAAGUUCUUCGAAGAGGAGUCCAAACUCUCUAAACAGUCGUUGCAGCAGAAUUUUAACCGUGUGAAGCGUUGCGUGCUCUUCCUCAUGAACGUGGGCUCUUACAUCAACAGCUGCUUUCAGUGGGAAUCUCCACGCAGGAGUGCAUGCGCUUUUCUGAUCUUCGUGACGGUGGUGUGGAACUUUGAGAUGUACAUGGUGCCGCUGUCUCUGUUGCUGCUCUUGACCUGGAAGUCCAUCCUGCUGGCGUCCGGGAAUGAACCUCGCGAGCGGACCGUGCAAGCGAUGGAAGAUUUCCUUGAAGAUGUGGAUGAAGAUGAUGAGAAAGAUGAGAAGGAGUCGGAGAAAAUGGGCUUCAUGGAGAGAUUCCACGCCGUUCAGGACGUGAUCAUCACGGUUCAGAGCGCUCUGGAUGAAGUGGCCUGCAUCGGUGAAAGAAUUAAAAACACAUUGAACUGGACCGUGCCUUUCCUCAGCUGCUUGGCCAUCACAGUUCUGUGUGCAGCUGCUGUCGUGCUGUAUUUCAUCCCGCUGCGCUACAUUGUGCUGGCCUGGGGCAUCAAUAAAUUCACAAAGAAACUGCGAGACCCUUACCUCAUCGACAACAAUGAGCUGCUGGACUUUCUGUCUCGAGUUCCCUCUGAUGUUCAGAUGGUUCAGUACAGAGAACUGAAGACGGACUUCAGUCCGAGCAGGAGAAAAAAGAUCUGAUCCGUCCUGCACCGCCACUUUAAAUCCCCACGGCUUCCGACACGCCGCUCGUGUCAAACACACUGUGACCGUCUCAUAGUUGUUUUUAAAAGAGAUUUCUAUGGUUUUUAUCAUUGUUAUUUAUGCAAAUUUGCAUACUACAAUAAGCCAAUGGUAUAGUAAUAUUUACUUGAUAAAAAUGAAUCGUGCUCACAUGAUGUAUUUUAUUUAUUCAAUUUGUAUUCUGUAGCACCUAUUUCUAAUUCUAACAGCCAUAACAGAUGUGACUCUUCUCAUCUGCUUGUAUUUGUGUGUGUUUAGCUUGUAUGCAAAAUUGAAAUGUAAUUCUGGGCUACGGUCGUGUUUGAGCUCAGCUCCGACCGACCACACUGGGGUUUCUUUAAAAAUACCCCAAAUCCUAACAGUAUCUUUUUUGCACCUUUGAGAUGUUUUAAAUCAUCUCCUGAAUAUCUUCAAGCAUGCAUUUAAAAGAGAAACUGCAUGCUGUGCAUCCCAAUCCAAAUGCCUUAUUUAUGAACCAAAACAAACGUACUGUAAAGACAGAUGAUUCAUGAUGUUUGUUUGACCCCGUGACCUCGCAUGUUUUUCCUGAUUUCAUUUUAUGAUGAAUGAUAAAAACAGUGUUUUAUUAUAAUGUUUGUACACUUGUCGAGAAUGCGUGUGUUGUAUCUGUUACCAAGAAUUAUUCCACAGAGAAAUGAGAGAAUGUUUUGUAAUCUUGCAUCUCAGAAUAAUUUCCUUCUCGUGAGAUUGCAGCAGUCUUGACCUCUUGCCUUUGCAUGUCAAUAUAAAGCUGUGUUAUUUAUGUUUUACAAGAACCGAAAAAAUGUUACUCGUUCUUGGUGUUUCUCAGUUCAUUCUCUCGCAUGUGGUCGGUGAACAUUAGAACGUUUGUCGACAUGAAGUUUUACAAUAUUUACACGACGAGUGAAAUGGAUAUUUAACAAGACAACCAAUGUAGAUUUUGAGAAUAAUAAGAGUGACGUCAGGCAGGAAAGUCAUUUCAGAGAAAGUUCCACAUUUUCAUAAAAUCAGGAAUGUGCAUUAAACUAAACAGGAUUGAUUGUGAUGUUGUCUAAAAGACAUCUACAAACGUAUUUAUUAUAAAACAAUAACUAUUCACUAUCCAGUAUUAACUGUGCGUUAAUGAUUUGUUCUUGUAAUCCAGAUUAGAGAUGGAUGCGUGAAUGCGGAUUGUUUGAUGUGAUUCUGUGUGCCGGGGAUCGUACACAUUCGCAUGGAGGGUCCGUCUCUCAGGUUCAUAAUUAGUGUCUUGAAUCCCUGCCUUAUUAAAUAAAAGCUGCUGUGGGAUUCAGGACAGACUAAUUGAGCUAUGAAGGGCAUCUUUUUAAAGUAGCAAAAGAGCAGCAGACCUGAGCUUCUGAAGCACAUUAAUGAGAAUCUCAAACCGUCUCGGGUUUCCCUUUUCACGUCAUUCAACACCGAUGACAAUUCUCUCAUUGAUGCUUUAAAGAGACGGUUCGGCCAAAAAUCUCAAUUCUGUCAUCAUUUAUUUCUCAUCGUGUGGUUUAAAACUCAUUCUUCGGUGGAACACAAAAGAAGAUAUUUUGAGAAAUGUCAUACAAUACACUUUGUGUUCAUACAAAAUGGAAGUCAAUGGAGUUCAGUGUUGUGUGAUUAUUAACAUUUUUCAAAAUAUCUUCUUUUCUGUUCUGAAGAAGUAAACUACAUUAAAGAGACAGUUUAGCCCAAAAUAAGAAAUCUGU